CCUCGAUUCUUCUUCACCUCACCGCCGCACAUUCGAUCCGACGACGAUGGAUCGCCUGCAACGACUCUUCGGAAACCUUCCCGGCAUGCAAGGACAUGGCAUGGGCGGAGCCAACGAUGGACCGGCCGUGGAUACGGCUGAAAAAGUGCACAUCUCGUCGUUGGCGCUGUUGAAAAUGCUCAAACACGGCCGCGCGGGGGUGCCGAUGGAAGUGAUGGGACUCAUGCUUGGGGAGUUUGUUGACGACUACACCGUGGUGUGCCUGGAUGUGUUUGCGAUGCCCCAGAGCGGAACGGGGGUGAGCGUGGAAGCUGUGGACCCCGUGUUCCAGACCAAGAUGUUGGACAUGCUCAAGCAAACCGGCCGCGCCGAGAUGGUCGUGGGGUGGUAUCACAGUCAUCCUGGGUUUGGCUGCUGGUUGAGCGGCGUGGACAUCAACACGCAGCAGUCAUUCGAAGCGUUGAACGCCCGCGCCGUGAGUAUCGUCGUGGACCCGAUCCAGUCGGUGAAGGGGAAGGUUGUGAUCGACGCGUUUCGCUUGAUCAACCCGCAGCUGAUGAUGUUGGGCCAGGAGCCUCGUCAAACGACGUCGAACAUCGGGCACUUGAACAAGCCUAGCAUCCAAGCGCUGAUCCACGGGCUGAACCGACACUACUACUCGAUUGCGAUCGACUACCGCAAAAACGAGCUGGAGGAGCAGAUGCUCAUGAACCUGCACAAGAACACGUGGAGCGACGGGCUUGUGUUGACCGAGUUCGAAGCCCACUCGGCCAAGAACGAGGAGAUGGUGACGUCCAUGCUCAAACUCACCAAGCAGUACAACGAGCGCGUGCAGGAGGAGGACGAGAAGACCGCGGACGAACUCGUCGUGUCCAACGUCGGUAAGAUCGACCCCAAGAAGCACCUCGAGUCCGACGUGUACGAUCUCAUGGCGCUCAAUACCGUACAGUGCCUCGGUGCUAUGUUGGACACGAUCGUGUUUUAAUCUCCUUAAUCAACCACCCUGGCUGGACCUGUGCUUGCUUCCCUUCUUCUACCCAUGUACUCGGUGGGUACUUAUCCGUUUUGGUC